AUGGAAACGACUCGAGGCAAACUACUCUUUGAACACCAAGGUUAUUUAUACGUUUUUAACAAGCAAUCAUCCAACAAAAUAAUAUGGUGCUGUCGUCAGUACCGUCACGGAAAAUGUCGUGGUCGACUGCAUACAAUUGAUGAUCAAGUUGUACAUUUAAUUGAUGAUCAUAAUCAUGAGCCAGUUCAUUCUGCACGUGAAGUAGUCGAAUCACGAACAAUAAUGAAUAAUGCAGCUAAAACCACUAGUCGCUCAACACACGAUAUUGUUGCUGAUGGUUUGUCCACCUUAUCUGAUCAUGCCAUCGCAUCGUUACCAAAUCUGAAAAACCUCAAGCGAACAGUUCAACGAAUACGUCAAAGACAUCAAAAUCCAUUAGCAUUACCAAAAGAUCGUACUUCUCUCGUUAUUGAUCCAGAAUUUAUGAAAACGAAUCGUAAUAGAACAUUCUUACAAUUCGACUCAGGCUCUGUUGACCAACGAAUGCUGAUAUUCUCCACCAAAAAACAACUUCGAAUGUUAGAAAAUGCAACUCAUAUAUAUUUAGACGGAACAUUUAGUGUAGUUCCUGAAUUAUAUUUUCAACUUUAUACUAUUCAUGUUGAAUAUUUGCACCAUAUUUUACCAACAGUUUAUGUUUUACUACCUGGUAAGAAACAGUGUUUAUACAGAGAGAUGUUACGACAAAUUAAAAACUUAUUACCAAACUUUGAUCCACCCAAUGUUAUGAUUGAUUUCGAACGUGCAAGUAUGACAGCGAUUAGCAAAUCAUUUCCGGUCUCAAAUUUAUCGGGAUGCUUUUUUCAUCUAUGUCAAAAUGUUUACCGUUCUGUUACACGUCUUGGUUUAAAAACAUUGUACAGCGAAAAUGAAAAUUUUGCACAACAAAUUCGAUCGUUACCUGCAUUAGGAUUCUUACCAGCAGCCGAUGUUAUUCCAACAUUUGAUGAAAUUAAAGAUCAGUUUCCAGUUGAAGGUGAACCUGUUUUAAAAUAUUUCGAAGAAAAUUACAUUGGUGUGAAAAGUCGAUUAUCAAGACCACGCAAAUCACCGAAAUUUGAUAUUUCAUUAUGGAAUGUUAAUGAAAACACUAUUCAACGUAAACAUCGUACCAACAAUGCAGUUGAAGGUUGGAACAACAGAUUUUCAUCAUUAAUGAAUUGUAAUCAUCCAAAUUUUUGGAAAUUUUUAAAAGGAUUAAAAAAGGAACAAUCAUUUGUGGAAGCACAAGUUAUUCAAGCAGAGGCUGGUGUAAGACAAACUCGCAAUCGAGAGCAAAUUCGUCGAGAAAUACGUAUCUUGAACAUAAUUAAUGAACCAACAACAACAAAUUUUCAAAAGGUGAUGGCUCUUGCUCAAAUACUUUCCUUAAAACGCUCAUAA